AUGUCUGACGCUCCAUUAAGUAUCCCUGUCCAGGCAAGAAGAAAGAAGUUGACUUCUCCUGUUGAUAUUCUUAAAUCAUAUAUCACUCCUAAAUUCAUUAAAGAUUUGAAAUUUGGAUUCUUUACUUUCCUUUUCAUGUGUGUAAUGUUAUUUCAUUAUGCCUUUAUAAUGAAAACUUGGUUAUAUGACCCUUAUAUGGCAUUGUACAAGUUAGCUGCUCAUUUUGUAUUCUUCUUUGCCCAUAUUUCAUUCUGGGGUUAUAUUCUUUAUCAAUAUAGUUAUAAAGUGGUUUAUAGAGAAGAUAUUGAACAAGAAAAAGCUGAACUUGAAGCUUUAAGAAAACAAAAGACUCAAUAA